AUGGUUUAUUCCAUCUUUCAAAUGAAUCCCUCAAUCCCAAUAAACACAACAGGCAUUGAACAAUUAAAAUUAAAAUCCUUCGAUUCAGCAAAUCAGAAACAACAAAUAACUGAUGAUAUAAUCGCUGGAGGGACGUUAAUAAUCAUUUCUUUCUUAGGGAUGGCUUUACAUGCUGUUGAAAUGCUUACAAUGUUUAAAACUUUGAAAAAAGUUAUUGGAUUUAGAUUUUUUCUUGUUCUUUCUGUUUUUGAUUUGUGCUUACUUUUAAUUUUUGGAAUAUUCCCCGGUUGGAUUAUUUUAAGUAAGCAACCAGGGUUUCUAACUGAAUGGAGUCAUUAUCUUCAUGCCUGGGCCGAUGCUUGUUGGUUUAGUAUGUGUUACAUGAACGUUGUUAUUGCAGUAACUCGUUUUGCAUGUGUAGUCUUUCCUUUACAUUUUCGACGAUUAAGUCGUCAAUCAACGUGUUGGUUAAUUUGUGGGGGUGCUGUGGGAGUAGCAACCCUUCAAAGUUGGAUAAUGAAUAGUGCACCUUGGUUUGUUGUGCUUUGGUAUCAAGCAGAUGUUUAUGGAAUGACUUGCGAUUGGGUUGCUUAUGCAGAAAGUGGAACUCGAACAGUUUAUUUAAGCAUAAAUUUGGGAUUUGUAGCUGCUUACCUACUAAUUUAUAUUUCAACUGCAGCUACUAUCUUUUGCAAAAGAAAUGUAAAAAUUUAAAAACUAGAGAGAAAUAUAAAAUUCUUACAAAAUUUCAUCAAUUAACAAAAUUAUCCUCGCCAUAAUCUCAACCCACUCACACCAAAAACUGACAAAAUAAAAAAUUUUUUCCUAUUUUCCGGCCCGGAACGGGAAAAUUGUAAGAGAUUCAAGUUAACAAAAGCU